AUGAUCUAUAACCAGCAGAGUUAUUCAUGCAGUGCUUUCUCUUUUAGGAUGAUUUCCUUCAGGCAAGCAGCUUAUUUCAUUUGCUUGUUUGCUACAGUUUCCUGUGGAUGCCUGACUCAACUAUAUGAAAACACCUUCUUCAAAGGUGGGGAUGUAACUGCUAUUUUCACCCCGAGUGCCCAACACUGUCAGAUGAUGUGCACGUUCCAUCCUAGGUGUUUGCUGUUCAGUUUUCUUCCUGCAAAUUCAACCAAUGAUGCAAACAAAAGGUUUGGUUGCUUCAUGAAAGACAGUGUUACGGGAACGCUGCCAAAAAUGUCACGGAAAAAUGCAAUUUCUGGACAUUCCUUGAAGCAAUGUGGACAUAAAAUAAGCGCUUGCCACCGAGACAUUUACAAAGGAAUUGAUAUGAGAGGUGACAAUUUUAACCUAUCUAAGGCUAAUAGUGUUGAAGAAUGCCAAAAACGCUGCACGAAUAGCAUUCACUGCCAAUUUUUCACAUACGCCACACAAGCAUUUUCCAGUGCAGAGUACCAGAACAGCUGCCUAUUAAAGCGGAGUCCAGGAGGAACACCCACCACUAUAAAGGUGCUGGCUAACGUGGCAUCUGGAUUCUCACUGAAGCCCUGUGCUCGCUCAGAAAUUGGUUGCCACAUGGACAUGUUCCAGCACCUCGCCUUUUCAGAUGUGGAUGUGGGCAGAGUUAUCACACCAGAUGCUUUCGUGUGUCAAACCAUUUGCACCUAUAAUCCCAACUGCCUCUUCUUUACGUUCUAUACAAAUGCAUGGAAUACAGAAUCACAAAGAAAUAUCUGUUUACUUAAAACUUCCCAAAGUGGGACACCGAGUUCCCCUACCCCUCGGAGAAACACCAUAUCUGGAUAUAGCCUUUUAACUUGCAAACAAACUUUGCCUGAGCCUUGCCAUUCCAAAAUUUACCCAGGAGUUGAUUUCCAAGGGGAAGAAUUGAAUGUGACCUUCGUUAAAGGAGUGAAUGUCUGCCAGGAGACAUGUACAAAGACGAUUCGCUGUCAGUUCUUCAUAUAUUCUUUACUCCCAGAAGACUGUAGAGGAGAGAAGUGUAAGUGUUCGUUACGAUUGUCUAUGGAUGGCUCCCCAACUAGGAUUACGUAUGGGACACGAGCGACCUCUGGUUAUUCUCUGAGGUUGUGUGAAAGUGAGGACAGCUCUGUCUGCACAACAAAAACAAACCCACGCAUUGUUGGAGGAAUCAACUCUACUUGGGGAGAGUGGCCCUGGCAGGUCAGCCUUCAGGUGAAGCUGACAACUCAGAGCCACUUGUGUGGAGGGUCGAUCAUUGGGUCCCAGUGGGUUCUAACUGCUGCCCAUUGCUUUGAUGGGCUUUCCAUGUCAAGUGUUUGGCGAGUUUAUGGUGGCAUUUUACAUCUGUCAGAGAUAACAAAAGAAACGCCUUUCUCACAAAUAAAAGAGAUUAUUAUUCACCCAAAUUAUAAAAUCUCAGAAGUUAAUCAUGACAUUGCCUUAAUAAAACUUGAGGCUCCUCUGAAUUAUACUGAAUUCCAAAAACCAAUCUGCCUACCUUUCAAAGAUGACACAAAUACCAUUUACACCCACUGUUGGGUAACCGGAUGGGGCUUCACAAAGGAAAAAGGUGAAAUCCAAAAUACCCUACAAAAGGUAAAUAUUCCUUUGGUAACAAAUGAAGAAUGCCAGGAAAGACUUAGAGAUCAUGAAAUAACCAAUCAGAUGAUCUGUGCUGGCCAUAAAGAGGGAGGCAAAGACGCCUGCAAGGGAGAUUCAGGUGGUCCUUUAGUUUGUAAACACAAGGGAACAUGGCACUUGGUGGGCAUCACCAGCUGGGGAGAAGGCUGUGCCCGCAGGGAACAACCAGGUGUCUACACCAGAGUUUCUGAGUACAUAGACUGGAUUUUAGAGAACACACAGCACCAAGAUGGACAGUCUUUAAUGAAGUCACAAGCAUGA